UGCAUCUGCCCGCUCUUGGAUAUAUCGCACGGGGGAGAAGCAGGACCAUCAGCGGCCAUGAAGAGACGACAGAGAACCCCUCAGGAUGAAGACAACCUACAGCUCGACUCCAACCAGCCUACGUCCUCACCGCCUCCUCCCGACUCGGUCAUGUCACCCUCCACAUCCGCGUCCGCUCUCCUGGCGCUGGCCUCCCCGGCAACCCGUCGCUCCAUCUCCAUGGGCGACUUCCGGAGGGUGACGGGAGCGCUGCUCGCCGCCUCCGAGCCGGGGUCCGCCUCGGCCACAGCCCCUUCCUCCAGGAUGGUCACGCCGAGCUCCAGCAUGGAGUUCGAGGCCGCUCGCCGGCGCCUACUAGAGGUGGAGGAGCGCCAGCGUGUCAUCAGGGAGAUGGAGCGACGCCUGGAGGAGCUCCGCGAGGUGUUUGUGCACUCCGAGCAGGAGGUGGUGCUGCACGGGGAGCUGCUCGCCAGGAUGUCCGGCGCCUCGCAGCAGGGGGAGAUCUACGUGGCUGAGGGGAGCCAGCGCUUAAAGAAGGGCCUCAAGUUCAAGAAGCACAGGCCCACCAUCAUCUUCUCCUCCAUGCUUGGACUGCGAACAUGCCUGCCUUGGCCUGUGAAGCUCAAGUAGACCUCUUUUCUUUUGUCUUUUUUGUUUACUACCGAAACGCUUCCACCGUCUUUUAUCUCGCUCUCAUCACUUCAUUUUUGUUUGCACUUCUACCCUGAGGCUGGUCCUUUCAGGUCUUAAUAUUCAGGAGCUGGCAAGAAGAUGCUAUUGCCGGUUGUCAUGGAAACCGUGCUGCUUUUCAAGUUUGGACCUCGGCAGAGAAUUGGUAAUGGCUGCCUGAACGUUGCUGCAUGGAUGAGUCACGUAUGAAGUGAGUCACGCUUCACAUAGAGUAGGACAAUGACAUUUUUAGGAUGUAUCAAAAGGAAUUUAAUGAGAUCAGUCAGAGAGAAAGCGCCAGAAUGCGGAGAAAAUGUGCCUUGAUGUCUCUCUGUGAGUCGUUUGCUAAAACGCUCUUUUUCGGGGGGAGGCACGAAAGACCAGGAUGAUUCCACCUGUGGCCUCCUGUCUCCUAGCAACCACUGUUUGCUCUCUCUCUGCUCUAUCCACACAAAACGUAUCCAACAAAGAGAUAAACAAGAAUCAAGGUGAUACUGUAGAUGCGCAAUGCAUUUAUUCCAUACCUAUAGUUGGCACUUAGCAGACGGAAGAUAGUCUAUCUAAAAAAAAAAGAAGAAAAAAAAAGACCUUUAAAAAUCUAAUAAUAGUGUUCAUUUGGGUGAACACUGUAAAGCAGCGGUCCCCAACCACCGAGCCGCAGCCCGGUAUCGGUCCGUGGAUCGAUUGGUACCGGGCCGCACAAGAAAUUUUAAAAAAUAAAAUAAAAUAAAAUAAUUUUUUUUAUUAAAUCAACAUAAAAAACACAAGAUACUCUUACAAUUAGUGCACCAACCCAAAAAACCUCCCUUCCCCAUUUACACUCAUUCACACAAAAGGGUUGUUUCUUUCUGUUAUUAAUAUUUCUGGUUCCUACAUUAUAUAUCAAUAUAGAUCAAUACAGUCUGCAGGGAUACAGUCCGUAAGCACGCAUGAUUGUAUUUUUUUAUGACAAAAAAAAAAAAAAAAAAAAAAAAAAAAAAAUACCAUCCACCCCGGUCCGUAAGACAAAUUUUCAAGCGUUACAAAGAGGUUGGGGACCACUGCUGUAAAGGAUAAAACCACAUUUGGUGACUUGAAGUCCAGUCAUCCACUAUAAAGGCAUGCAAAAUGAGUUCUAACUGGUUUCAAUACACAAAAAAUAACAAUAAAAAUAAGAUAAAAAGACUAGAUUUUAGGGGGGAAAAUACUAAAAACCAGUGAAGUUAUCUGUUCAUGCAGCAAGCUAUUUUUACUUCAUAAGAUAUCCUAAAUCAAGAUUCAUAUCUAGAAAUAAGAUAGAAAAAAGUAUUUUAUUCUGAAAACAAGCAUUAUUCAACUUGCAAUUCUUAAAUGAAACAUACUCGGGAUGUUGCAGAAUAUUUUAACAAGAUUAUUCAUAUGUGAGGAAAACUAAAAUAUUUUAUUUAAAUAGUCAUUUUCUCAAUUUUAUCAUUUUUAAACUACAAUAGACAGAAUACAAUUAUUCAUGCUAAAAUUAAGACUGAUGUCCAGUCAAUAACUAAAAAUAAGUAAAUAGCUCUUAAAACUAGGGAAAUGUCUGGAAAUUAAAUGUUAAAUCUUGGCAAUUGACAAAAAUAAUGUUAGAAACUGCAAAACCUGCAAAACAACGUACAUUAUUACAUGAAAACUGAUGGUUAUUAUCUUUGGAAAGGAAGAAUUGAAGGUACAGCUCAUGUAUUUCAUUGUACAGGUGUACCUAAUGUUGUGACCGGGGAGUGUGCACAUUAAGCCACAUCUAUUUGAAGGUGAACCCCCUGAGAGGCUGCAAGCACUCUCAGCUCAGCUUUCAGUGGAAAAGGAAGUGGUGUGUGAGUGCACGAGCGGGAAAAGGGACAUGAUAUUCCAGCAUCAAUAUUUCAGUAUACUUUGCUGCGAGUCUGUCACCGUUCAAAAUGCUGAGAUGGUAUAUGAAACCCAGUAAGGUUCUGGUCUGGUACCAGUCUGCUUUGCAAUCAGGAAGAAUGUGAGUAACUUAUUAGGGUGUUUUCAUUCUUGGUCUCAUUCUACCAGUCAGCAUUACUUGCACCUGUGCGAACACUCUGGAACACUUUGAAGCAAACCGGUGUCACUUCAGAUCACUUCACUGUGCAAUUGCAUUGGAACACCAAGUGAUCCAGGUUCACUUCGCCUCGUCUUCUCUCUUUGGUCGCAAGAACGUAAACAAGAAGAAGGUCAGGCAUACACAUUUGUGAGUCAAAAAAUAAUAAAAUCGCAACAUACCUCGAAAGGGACAAGCGGUAGAAAAUGGAUGGAUGGAUGGAGUACAGAAUCGGACUCUGUUGAUAACUUUACAAAUUGUGUUUUAAGAUGACAUGCUAACCAUAGUCGUGCUAAAAAUUGUGAUAGAAAAAUGUAAACAAUAAAAGGUGGCGAACAGACUAGUGAUGAAAAAGCACUAAUAAUUGCAACAUGGCACCAUAUUGGCUUUUGUUGAUAACUUUAAUAAUUGUACUGUGAGAUGACAUGCUAACCGUAUACAUGUCGAACUAUGUGAGAUCUAUCUCCUCUCUUACUGGUCGCAAAGUGUAAACAAGAGGGUAUUUAUGCAUACAGACUAUGAAAAAGCGCUAAUAAUCACAACAUGAGCGCUAAUAAUCACAACAUGAUGCCAUAUUGUUGUUUAAUAUGUUUAAUAAUUGUGCUAACCGCGUCCAUGUGAGAUCGAUCUCUUCUCUUAUUGGUUGCAAAAUGUAAACAGUAAGAAGGUCAGGCAUACACAUUUGUGAGUAAAAAAAUAAAUAAAAUCGCAACGAAAGGGACAAGCGGUAGAAAAUGGAUGGAUGGAGUACAAAAUCGGACUUUGUUGAUAACUUUACAAAUUGUGCUGUAAGAUGACAUGCUAACCAUAUUCAUGCUCAAAAUUGUGAUAGAAAAAUGUAAACAAUAAAAUGUGGCGAACAGACUAGUGAUGAAAAAGCGCAAAUAAUUGCAACAUGGUACCAUGUUGGCCUUUGUUGAUAACUUUUUAAUAGUGUCAUAAGAUGACAUGCUAACCGCAUACAUGUCGAACUAUGUGAGAUCGAUCUCUUCUCUUACUGGUCGCAAGAUGUUAACAAGAGGGCAUUUAGACUAGUGACGAAAAAGCGCUAAUAAUCACAACAUGAUGCCAAAUUGGCCUUUGUUGAAAAGUUUAAUAAUUGUGCUAACCGCAUACAUGCUAAACCAAGUGAGAUGGAUCUCUUCUCUUAUUGGUUGCAAAAUGUAAACAGUAAGAAAGUCAGGCACAUACAUUUGGGAGUAAAAAAAACGCAACAUUUUGCAACAUUGGCCUUUGUUGAUUACUUUUAAUAAUUGUGCUGUAAGAUGACAUGCUAACCAUAGUCAUGCUAAAAAUUGUGAUCAAAAAAUGUAAACAAGAAAAUGUGGCGAACAGACUAGUGAUGAAAAAGCGCUAAUAAUUGCAACAUGGUACCAUAAAGUCAGGCACAUACAUUUGGGAGUAAAUAAAACGCAACAUUUUGCAACAUUGGCCUUUGUUGAUUACUUUUAAUAAUUGUGCUGUAAGAUGACAUGCUAACCAUAGUCAUGCUAAAAAUUGUGAUCAAAAAAUGUAAACAAGAAAAUGUGGCGAACAGACUAGUGAUGAAAAAGCGCUAAUAAUUGCAACAUGGUACCAUAUUGGCCUUUGUUGAUAACUUUAAUAAUUGUGCUGUAAGAUGACAUGCUAACCAUAUUCAUGCUAAAAAUUGUGAUCAAAAAAUGUAAACAAGAAAAUGUGGCGAACAGACUAGUGAUGAAAAAGCGCUCAUAAUUGCAACAUGGUACCAUAUUAGCCUUUGUUGAUAACUUUUUAAUAGUGUCGUAAGAUGACAUGCUAACCGCAUACAUGUCGAACUAUGUGAGAUUGAUCUUUUCUCUUACUGGUCGCAAGAUGUUAACAAGAGGGCAUAUAGACUAGUGACGAAAAAGCGCUAAUAAUCACAACAUGAUGCCAAAUUGGCCUUUGUUGAAAAGUUUAAUAAUUGUGCUAACCGCAUACAUGCUAAACCAUGUGAGAUGGAUCUCUUCUCUUAUUGGUUGCAAAAUGUAAACAGUAAGAAAGUCAGGCACAUACAUUUGGGAGUAAAAAACCGCAACAUUUUGCAAAAUUGGCCUUUGUUGAUAUUUUUAAUAAUUGUGCUGUAAAAUGACAUGCUAACCAUAUUCAAGCUAAAAAUUGUGAUCAAAAAAUAUAAAACAAGAAAAUGUGGCGAACAGACUAGUGAUGAAAAAGCGCUAAUAAUUGCAACAUGGUACCAUAUUGGCCUUUGUUGAUAACUUUAAUAAUUGUGCUGUAAGAUGACAUGCUAACCAUAGUCAUGCUAAAAAUUGUGAUCAAAAAAUGUAAACAAGAAAAUGUGGCGAACAGACUAGUGAUGAAAAAGCGCUAAUAAGUGCAACAUGGUACCAUAUUGGCCUUAGUGGAUAACUUUACAAAUUGUGCUGUAAGAUGACAUGCUAACCAUAGUCAUGCUAAA